GGCGCUCCCGAGGCCGCCGGUUCCAAGGAGCCCGCAGGAGCAGGGACGGGCGCUGGAACCGCUCCGUUCCCCACCGCACCAGGGACUGCGAGGAGCUGCUGUGACACCCCCGCAUGUCCUGUGAGGCUCCCGCCAGGGUCUGAGCGGCAUCACCGGAGGAACACCAUGCCUGGGAACUCGCCUGCUGCUGUGGGAAGAGCAUGACUGUCUCAUGCCCGCCACUGGCAUUUCGGUUCUGUCACAGGAGCCGGCUGCGCUCCUGCCGCAUUCAGCAUUAGCAGAGCAGGCAUUCCUUCCAUCCGCUGUGCAGUUAUUAAAAACAUGGUGCUCCAGUCAUUAAAAAACUGCCUUUGGCUGUCCUGUGUCCUCAGGACUCCAAAAGCUUGCUUCUGGAGCACAGCUAUUGGAGCCCUCAUUAUCCAGUCUGUUUCUAAUGAUGUUUACCAAAAUCUAGCUGUGGAAGAUUGGAUCCAUGACCACAUGGAUUUAGAGAAGCAACAAGUCCUUUUCCUUUGGAGAAAUUCCCCUGCUGUGGUAAUAGGGAGACAUCAGAAUCCCUGGCAGGAAUGCAACCUCAGGCUAUUGAGGCAAAAAAAUAUAAAACUAGCCAGGAGAAGAAGUGGAGGAGGGACAGUUUACCACGACUUAGGUAAUAUCAAUUUGACUUUCUUCACAACCAGAAAAAAAUAUGAACGAAUGGAAAACCUGAAGCUCGUUGUGAAAGCACUGAAAGCCUUGCGACCCCAGUUAGAUGUACAUGUCACUGACAGAUACGACAUCUUGCUAGACAGGCAAUACAAAAUCUCAGGCACUGCUGCAAAGCUGGGAAGGGCAAGUGCUUAUCACCACUGUACCUUACUCUGUAAUGCAGAUAAGUUUGUUUUAUCAUCUGUGCUAAAAAGUCCUUUUAAAGGGCUAAAGAGCAAUGCCACUCCUAGCGUGCCUGCCUUGGUGAAAAAUCUCUUUGAAGAGGAUCCUAGUUUAACUUCUGAGAUGCUCCUGGAUGCCAUUGCUAAAGAAUAUGCUGUGCAACACCAGAUAGAUCACCAUAUCACCUUAAUAAAUCCAACUGAUGAGACUCUGCUUCCUGGAAUUAGUAACAAAACUAAAGAACUACAAACCUGGGAAUGGGUGUAUGGAAAGACACCAAAGUUCAGCAUUAGCACAUGUCUUAACAUGACCUAUAAAGAUUCUGUUCUUGAUGUUAAAGUAAAUAUGGAUGUAAAACAUGGAAGAAUUGAAGCCUGUAACAUUGAUCUGCCAGAGCAGUGGCUGCCACCAGGACUGUACAGUGAACUGGUCAAGAGUCUUACUGGCAGUAAGUUUUGCCCAAACGAAACCACUACGCUUGUGACAACAUUGCUAAGAGUGUGUCCACAAGAUGAUGAGUUGCACAGCAGGUGGAGUCUACUAUGUGAGAAUAUGAUAAGGUUAAUGUGACUUGCAUUUUGAAAGUGUGAGUUAAACUUCUGCUGCUUUUUUAUUUAAUGUAUCAGAAACAAAAUUAAAACAAUCACUACUAAGAGAAAAAUUCAGCUUGUAGAAAACAAAUCGUUCAAUCUUGUGCUUUUAUUUAAUAUUAAAAUUAAA